CAGACCGUACAGACAUGGCCGCUCUCAGUAAAUUACCACACAGCUGCUACGAGAUCGGGCAUACCUGGGACCCUUCGUGUGUGCAGUCUGCAGUGGAUGUAGCAAGAGGUGCUUUGGAGGUGUCCUUCAAAAUAUACGCCCCUCUUUACCUGAUAGCAGCAGUGCUAAGGAGAAGGAAGAAGGAUUACUAUUUAAAAAGGCUUCUCCCAGAGAUCCUGUGGUCUACCUCUUUCCUCACUGCCAAUGGAGGGCUCUACAUUGUUUUCUUCUGCAUUCUCAGGAAACUGCUUGGAGGGUUCUACCCCUGGUCUGCCGGGUUUGGCUCGGCGCUGCCUGCCUCCUAUAUCUCCAUCCUCCUGGAGCGCAAGAAAAGGAGAGGGAUGCUGACAAUAUACAUGACAAAUAUUGCCACUGAGACUUUGUUCCGUAUGGCAGUGACACGAGGGAUCGUUAAACCCAUCAAGCACGGCGAGGUGCUUUUGUUCUGCAUAACGGCAUCGCUCUACACGUUCCUCUUCAGGAGGAAAGAUGGUCUCAAGGGGUUUGCCUUCUCUGCAUUAAAGUUCAUCAUCGGGAAAGAAGAGAUUCCAACUCACUCUGUAGCGUCAGAACAGAUCAGACCCCUCGAGAGGACAGCUGCUAUCGAGGCUGAGCCUUCACAGGCGUCAGCAGAAAGACCCGACUCCAGCAGGAAAACUCUGCUAGCCUACACCAGGGAGCUGAUAGAAUCGAUAUGCAAAAAGGGUCCAAGACACAGGUGUUGCAAACAUUACCAAGACAACUGCAUUUCCUACUGUGUGAAAGGAUUUGUCAGGAUGUUCAGUCUUGGCUACCUGAUUCAGUGUUGUCUUAAGGUGCCUUCAGCGUUCAGACACAUGUUUACUAAACCCUCACGCCUCCCGUCACUCUUCUACAACAAGGAGAACUUCCAGCUAGGGGCCUUUCUAGGAUCCUUCGUCAGCAUCUACAAGGGAACAAGCUGCUUGCUGCGCUGGCUGCGCAACAUCGAUGAUGAACUCCAUGCACUGAUAGCUGGCUUCCUGGCUGGCACCUCGAUGUUCUUCUACAAGAGCACGUCGAUAUCCAUGUAUCUCUUCUCAAAGCUGGUGGAGGUAAAAUAAUAUCUCAAGUGACAG